AUUUAAUAGAAAUAUUGGGGCGGUUGCCCAUUCUCCAUCUUUCCCCAGAUCACACUUCCCCGCAUCUCUCUCUCUCAUAUCACUUUUUUCUUGUUAUUUUCGGUCCCGGCCUUUGUUGAAUCAUGUCGGACGAAAAGGUCUCGGCCGCCGCCCCAGAGGCUCAUCUAGAUAUGUCUGAUCCUAGCAAGACUCAUCCCGAUGUUAUCGACCAUGCGCGCUCUGCGGCGCAGAAGGAGCAGAAGAUGACCCUCAUGCAGGGCAUCAAGCUGUAUCCCAAGGCUGUCGCGUGGAGUAUUCUCAUCUCGACUUGCAUUGUCAUGGAAGGAUUCGAUAUUGUCCUUGUCAACAACUUCUAUGCUUUCCCUCAGUGGAACAAGAAGUAUGGUCAACUCCAACCUGAUGGAACAUACCAGGUGUCAGCAGCCUGGCAAGCCGGCUUGAGUAAUGGUGCCAACGUCGGUUCCAUCAUCGGUCUCUUCCUCAACGGUUGGCUCUCAGAGCGCUUCGGUUAUCGAUACACCAUCAUCGGCUGCCUCAUCUGGCUCUCAGCCUGCAUCACCCUCUUCUUCACCGCCCAGAACGUCCAGAUGCUCCUCGCCGCCGAGAUCCUCUGUGGUCUGCCAUGGGGUAUCUUCCAGACCAUCUGUGUCACCUACGCCUCCGAAGUCUGCCCCAUCGCCCUCCGAGGUUAUCUCACCACAUACGUCAACUUCUGCUGGGGUCUCGGACAGGAAAUCGGCAUUGGAAUCUUGCGAUCUAUGAUCGGCCGAACUGAUCAGUGGGCUUACAGAAUCCCUUAUGGUCUGCAGUGGAUCUGGCCUCUGCCUUUGAUCGUGGGCUUGUGGCUUGCUCCCGAGUCUCCUUGGUGGCUUGUCCGCAAGGGCCGUGUUGCUGAUGCUAAGAAGAGUCUUCUCCGACUUACGAGCCUUAACCGUGAGACCGAUUUCGAUGCUGAUGAGACUGUCGCUAUGAUGGUUCAUACAACUGCUCUCGAGGAGAAGCUGACAGAAGGAAGCUCUUAUAUCGAUUGUCUCAAGGGUGUCAACCGUCGCCGAACAGAAAUCGUCUGUAUGGUUUGGGCCAUGCAGAAUCUCAGCGGUAACUCCUUUUCUAACUACUCGACCUACUUCCUCGAGCAAGCCGGUAUGUCUGCCGAGCACGCCUACUCCUUUGCUCUUGGCCAAUAUGCGAUCAACAUGAUUGGUGUCUUCGGUGCAUGGGGUCUGAUGUCUAUUGGAAUUGGCCGCCGAACUCUUUAUCUUUACGGAUUGUGCGGUCUCUGCACUGUUUUGUGCAUUCUUGGCUUCCUUGGACUUGUCCCUGAGGCUGAUCGCCAGAAGGGUGCUCUCGCCACCGGCAGUCUGAUGAUCGGCUGGGCUGUUGUUUACCAGCUCACCGUCGGCUCCGUGGCCUACUCCCUUGUCUCUGAGCUUCCUUCUCGACGACUUCAGAUCAAGACCGUCGCUCUUGGACGUAUCUUCUACGGCAUUGUUGGUAUUGUCAACGCUGUUCUGGCUCCUUACAUGCUCAACCCCACCGCUUGGAACUGGAGCAACUACACCGGUUUCUUCUGGGCUCAACAUGGUGGCAUCUGCUUCCUCUGCGUCAUCUAUACCUACUUCCGCCUGCCCGAGCCCAACGGCCGAACCUUUGCCGAGUUGGGCGUUCUGUUCGAGAAGGGUGUCAGCGCUCGAAAGUUUGCUACCACCAAGGUCGAUGUCUUCCACGAGUCUGUCGAUGAUCACGUUCUCGACCAGUUGAGCAAAGCCGAUCAGGCUACUGUCGAGACUGUUGAGCAAGCCCCAGCACACAAAUAG